AUGUUGUCUCUCAAAGGGAAAGUGGCCCUGAUCACCGGCCUCGGCCAGAGCCAGCCAGAAGGAUGGGGAAUUGGAACCGCAACUGCAGUGCUACUUGCGCGACAAGGCGCACAAAUAUUCGGUGGUAACCGUACUUUGUCUUCUACCGUUACCACCAAAAACACCAUCGAGGCCGAGGGUGGAACAUGUACUGUAGUGGAGACAGAUGUGACAUCGACUACCUCGACAAAAGCUCUUGUGGAUGCAUGUCUCGCCAAGCAUGGACGCAUCGACAUUCUCAUCAAUAACGUCGGAAGAUCUGAGCCAGGAUGUCCUGCGACGAUGGCAGAGGAGGUCUGGGAUUCUCAGGUUGAUAUCAAUUUGAAGAGCGUUUAUUUGAUGUGUCACCAUGUUUUGCCAAUCAUGGAGAAGCAGAGCAGUGGCGCUGUUGUGAGCGUUGCCAGUAUCGCUGGCUUGAGGUAUAUUGGAAAGCCUCAAGUUGGGUACUCUGCCACAAAGGCUGCCAUUAUUCAGUUGAUGAAAGCCACUGCUGUCAUCUAUGCGAAUAAGGGUGUUCGUCUGAAUACUGUUGUUCCUGGGCUCAUGGACACACCGUAUUCGAAAGGCUUGGUUUCCAGAUACUCUGAAGGUGGAGUGGACGCUUAUAUGCAAAUGCGAAAUGCACAGGUCCCAAUGGGGAAGAUGGGGGAUGCAUGGGAUGUGGCUAAUGCCACGUUGUUUCUCGUCAGCGAUGAAGCAAAGUACAUUACUGGUCAGGAGCUUGUUGUGGAUGGUGGCAUCACAUCUUCGACGGGAAGAGUAUAA